AUGGACGAUAACAAAGAGCUAUUGAUUGAAUUAACAGAAAGAGACGAUUUCGAUAAAAAUCAAAAGUUUUAUAAUGAUUUUUACCCGUAUUUAAAUGGAGAAUAUAGUUUACUUGAAUUAUGUUGUUAUUUUGGUGCAAUGGAUUGUUUUAAACUUUUAAUAGCAAAAUUUCACCCAGAAAUCACCGAAAAAUGUCUUCAACUUUCAUUUUUGGGCAAAAAUAUGGAAAUUAGAAACGAAUGCUUGAAACAUAAAAAACCAGACGAGAAAUGUAUGGAAUUUGCAAUUUUGUCUCAUAAAUUUAAAUUGGUCGAUUAUUUGAAGCAAGAACAUAAUUUAGAAAUUGUUCCAGAAGCAUGCGUAAAGUAUUGCAAUCUUGAAGCAUUUUUGUUUUAUUUAGAUUCAACAGAUGAUGUUGAUAAUUCCCCAUUAUAUACACAAGUUGAUUUACAUACAAGAAAAACAGAUUACCUCGUAAUUCCUCAUAAAUAUUCAUUGGCAUGGAGAUUUUCACCUUUGAAGACAUCUCGAAAAAUGAAUUUAUCAAACAAUGAUAAAUCUGAAAAGAUUAAUGUUAGUUUAUCAACAACAAACGAAAAAUUUAUUGUCUCUCCUAAUGAAUUAUCUAUUAAACCGAAUUCAUCAGAAAAGAUCAAUAUAUCUUACAACAAUCUACGCAAAGAUGAAUCUGAUAGUUAUUUGGUAUUAACAUACUCUGUUAAUGGUCAUAACUUUACAAAAAGAAGAAAACUUUUUAUUGUCACAACUGACAGAACUUUGGACGACAAUCCUAAGGAUAUAGACUCAUUUCAAUUUCUUCAGGAAGUAUACUCGAAGGUUUUUUCGAAUUCUUCAUCCUCACUAUUUCUUACAGACACAAAUUGCUUAUUAAGAAUAUUUACAGACAAUCAUGACGUUGAUUCAAAUGGUAUUGCAAAGUUAUUUUCAUUUUCAACAAAAGAAGUAAAAGCUGAUGUGUUUAAAGCUUACAAAGGAGAGGCUACAGGAAAGAUUUCUCUGACUCAGUUAGAUCAUUCUAAUCAGUUGUUGAUUAAAAAGAAUAUACUUGAUAAUACUGAUAAAUAUAGAUUUGGAAACAGAGAAAUUAGAAUUUACAACAAAAAUUUUGGAUUUUUCAUAAAUACAGUUGUUACUCAUGGAAUAGAGCAACUAGUUGAUCCGGAUCGCCCUACAGCCUACAUAGAAACAUCAUUACAACCAUUUGCAUCAUUGGAUGAUAUCAUUUCCAGAUAUGAAAAGAAUACUGAAUGUCCAUUAUUUUUGUCAGAUUUCUUCAAAAUUUUCACUCAAGUAUAUGUUGCAAUUGCUAAUCUUCAUGAUGACAAAGUUAUACACAGGGAUAUCAAACCAAGAAAUAUCCUUAUUACUAGUGAUUUGAAUGCUGUUUUGUGUGAUUUCAGCUUUGGUAGACAAGCUGAUGAUACAUCAAUCGAACAUUGCAUUCCAGGAACAAUUCCUUACCAAGCUUAUGAGAAUUUCCAAAAGAGGUUCAAAGACAUGUCUGAUGAUGUUAAGGAAAAAUGUGAUUGGCAUGCAUUUGUUACUUCAAUUGUCAAGACUUUGUUAACAAGCGAUCCUUAUUCACAUGUAAGUCUUCCACGUGAUCAAUUACAAAAUCAUGUCUGUAAUUGUAACCCACCUUACUUGCUUGACAAGAUGAGAUUCUCGAGAACAGUUUACGAAGAGAUAUACAAAGGAUGGAAUAGAACUGACUUUGAUCCUCUUCAUUUGAUCUAUUUAAUGGCAAAUGAAGUAACAUAUCAGUUUGAACUAAUUAAAAACGGCAAUGAAGAUGAACUGAAAAAAUAUCUCGAUGAAGAAUGCAAUUCGAGGUGCGACAUUAAGACAUCGAAAGAUUUUAAUUCUCAGUUCAUAUUUUUCAACAAGAUUGAUUUCAUUAAAAAUAUGCCUUUGGGAAAAAGAGAGAUUGUUGAAAAAAUUGUUCAAAAGAACAUUUUGUUGGAAUUCUAUUUGAGAGAAUUUUAUUAUUACGAACAAAACAAAAAUAUCAAUCUUGUAGGUGUAGUUUCUGAUGUCAUGAAUAGACAGUUCUUUGAUACAUGCUAUCGAAAAGAUUUAUUCAUGGCAAUAGGAGAUUCUUUUUAUGACAUAAAGAAGGCGAAAAAAAAGGUAGAUAUUGUUUGUAAUGCACUAGGAAAUAAAAAUGCUGCCAGAGUUUAUAAAUCAUCUGCUUUGUAUAAACUCGAUUCUAUUACCACGAAAAAUCAUUUUGUUCAACAAAAGUAUCAGUUAAUUGACUCUUUCACGAACUUCUCUGAAAGAAACAAAAAUCCAGAAAAUAUUUACAUCAAUGAAUUAACUUGUGCUGCUUGUUCUAUUCAUAAGUUACCAUUGGAAUGCAAGGAACAAAAAUACUUCAGUGAUAUAUAUCUUUAUAUAAAGAAAGGUAAUAUAUAUCAGGGAGCCAGAUUCCAUGUAAGAAAGAACUCCGUAUCGGUUCAAUAUUACUCACAAACAUCAAUUCUUAAUACAAUAUUACAAAACAGACAAAAAGUCGACUUUUUAUCCGAAAUUGUUUUUGAAAAUGGUAGUUUGAUAUUUAAGGAAUAUCCUAAUAACAUAAUCUCUUUGGAAAAGGCAGAAGAAUAUUGUCACAAGGUACGAAUCAGAGAAUUAAUGCCUUACACAAUUACAGCUUGUACUGAAAACAAAACGUCUUAUUUGUUUAGAGAAAGAGAUAUUAUUCCUUCUGUCGCAUUUUUUGAAUCUGAUGCUAAAUUCGUUACCAUUAAAUGCAAUGGAAAAGAUGUAUGCAAAUUGGAUUGUGACGAAUCUCUUAUAAAGUUCGAAAUGAACUGGGAUGGAACAUUGUCUGCUUGUUUGCCUGAUAGCCACAAAAAAAUAUAUUAA